CACCAUAAAAAGCGCAAUUAGUUCAGCGUUCGUUAUUCAGAAGCUUCAGCUUUGCUUGAUACUCAGCUCUUCUCUUUUUAAACAAAACACUUAAUCAAAAUGGCCGAUGAUGAAGUUGCCGCCCUCGUUGUUGAUAAUGGAUCUGGUAUGUGUAAAGCUGGAUUUGCUGGUGAUGAUGCUCCAAGAGCUGUUUUCCCAUCUAUUGUUGGACGUCCUCGUCAUCAAGGAGUCAUGGUUGGUAUGGGACAGAAGGAUUCCUAUGUCGGUGACGAAGCUCAGAGCAAACGUGGUAUCUUAACUUUGAAAUACCCAAUUGAACACGGAAUUGUAACUAACUGGGAUGAUAUGGAAAAAAUUUGGCAUCACACUUUUUACAAUGAGCUCCGUGUUGCUCCAGAAGAACACCCUGUCCUUCUUACUGAAGCUCCCCUGAAUCCCAAAGCAAAUCGUGAAAAAAUGACCCAAAUCAUGUUUGAGACAUUUAACUCUCCUGCAAUGUAUGUUGCUAUUCAGGCUGUCUUAUCCUUGUAUGCUUCUGGUCGUACCACUGGUAUUGUACUUGAUUCAGGAGAUGGUGUCUCUCACACAGUACCAAUCUAUGAAGGAUAUGCUCUUCCCCAUGCCAUUAUUAGAUUGGAUUUAGCAGGACGAGAUUUAACUGAUUACUUAAUGAAAAUUCUUACAGAACGUGGUUAUUCAUUCACUACUACAGCUGAGCGUGAAAUUGUAAGAGAUAUUAAAGAGAAACUUAGUUAUGUAGCCUUAGACUUUGAACAAGAAAUGCAAACUGCUGCUUCAAGCUCUUCCCUCGAGAAAUCUUAUGAAUUACCUGAUGGACAAGUUAUUACAAUUGGAAAUGAGCGUUUCCGAUGCCCAGAAACACUUUUCCAACCAUCAUUUAUUGGUAUGGAAUCAGCUGGUAUCCAUGAAACCACUUACAACUCAAUCAUGAAAUGUGAUGUUGAUAUCCGUAAAGAUCUUUAUGCUAACACUGUUCUAUCAGGUGGUACGACAAUGUUCCCUGGUAUUGCUGAUCGUAUGCAGAAAGAAAUCUCUGCUCUUGCACCACCAACAAUGAAAAUCAAAAUUAUUGCUCCACCAGAGAGAAAAUAUUCAGUCUGGAUCGGAGGAUCUAUUUUGGCUUCCCUUUCUACUUUCCAACAAAUGUGGAUCUCCAAACAAGAGUAUGAUGAAUCUGGUCCAUCAAUUGUUCACCGAAAAUGCUUUUAAACAAUUCGAUUAUAUUUAUACUGGACUAUUUUUACAUCUGUUCGGUUAUUUUCACAUUUAUUUUUCUAUAUAUAUCUUAUAAACGUUUUAAAACCCAUGUAAUUUUUGUUAAGCUGUAAUAUAAAAGACGUCCUAACAAA